AUGGAUGCAGCCACCCUUACAUACGACACAUUGCGCUUUGGAGAGUUUGAAGAUUUCCCAGAGACGUCAGAGCCGGUGUGGAUUUUGGGGAAGCAAUACAACGCUCUAACGGAAAAGGAUGAGAUUCUCUCAGAUAUCACCUCACGUUUGUGGCUCACCUACAGAAAGAACUUCCCCCCUAUUGGUGGAACAGGGCCCACAUCUGAUACUGGUUGGGGCUGCAUGUUACGAUGUGGGCAGAUGAUCCUGGGGGAGGCUUUGAUCUGUAGGCAUUUAGGUCGAGAUUGGAGAUGGGUACGAGGUCAGCACCAGAGAGAAGAGUACAGCAGUAUCCUCAAUGCCUUCAUCGAUAAGAAAGACAGCUAUUAUUCCAUCCAUCAAAUAGCUCAAAUGGGAGUUGGGGAAGGAAAGUCCAUAGGCCAAUGGUAUGGUCCAAACACAGUGGCACAGGUACUCAAGAAACUGUCAAUGUUUGAUUCAUGGAGCCGACUGGCAGUGCAUGUGGCUAUGGACAACACAGUGGUUAUUGAGGAAAUCAAGCGGCUGUGUAUGCCCUGGCUGGAUUUGGAUAGGGUGGCAAGCACAGAAGCUGAGCGGGUUCGGGAGAUGAACGGAUAUCUGGAAGGUGCCUGCGCUCUGGCCGAGGAGGAGACGGCGCUAUGGAAACCGCUUGUGCUCCUUAUCCCCUUACGCCUGGGUCUGACAGAAAUUAACGAAGCUUACAUAGAAACGUUAAAGCAAUGCUUUAUGAUGCCUCAGUCUCUUGGAGUCAUUGGAGGGAAACCAAAUAGCGCACACUACUUUAUUGGCUUUGUGGGACAGGAGCUGAUCUACCUGGACCCCCACACCACCCAGCCUGCAGUGGAGCCCUGUGAGGAUGGCCAUGUCCCAGACGACUCGUACCACUGCCAGCACCCGCCCUGCCGUAUGCUUAUCAAUGAGCUGGACCCUUCGAUCGCUGCUGGGUUCUUCUGCAGAACAGAGGAUGAUUUUGAUGACUGGUGCACACACAUUCGGAAAUUGUCCUCCAGUACAGGGGGUUUACCCAUGUUUGAACUGCUGGACAGCCAGCCAUCUCAUCUAGUCAGCACUGAUGUGCUUAACCUCACCCCAGAUUUCUCAGAUUCAGACCGGCUGGAGCGGUUCUUUGACUCGGAAGACGAGGAGUUUGAGAUUCUGUCCUUGUGAAGAGGGGAAAAAGGAGGAAGACUCCUUCAGCUGACAGAACGACGAGGAAGAGCCCUCUAAACCAGAGGAAGGGAAGUCAGAUAUCUGGUGACGUCCAAAGC